GGCGUCCGCCACCGGAAACGCCCUCCCAGCGCCCGCAGCGCCGCCGCCAUCGCCGCCAUCGUCGCGGGGCCUCCCGGGCGGCCGGGGCUGCCCGCCGCGCUGCCUGCGCCCGCCGGGGCGGGUCCUGUGCCAGCGCGCGCCGCCGCGGCCGAGAAAUUACAUCUGCUUUGCUGCUGAGCUCAGAGAAGGAGAGCCCAGACCCUUCCCGAAGCCAGAGGGCUGAAGCCUGCUCAGAGGUGCUCUGAAGAUGCUGGAAGCCCCGCCUCUGCUGCUGGCAGCCGCGCUGGGCCUGGUGCUGCUGGCCGUGCAGCGGCUGCUCCUGAGGCACUGGAGCUGGGGCCUGUGGCUGAUCCUGUGGAACGAGUGCGUCCUGCAGCCUAUCCGCAACCUGCUCAUGGGUGACACCAAGGAACAGCGCAUCCUGCACCACGUGCUGCAGCAUGCGGAGCGCGGGAACGCACAGAGCGUGCUGGAGGCCAUUGAUACCUACUGCGAGCAGAAGGAGUGGGCCAUGAACGUGGGCAGCAAAAAAGGCGAGAUCGUGGAUGCGGUGAUUCAGGAACACCAGCCCUCCGUGCUGCUGGAGCUGGGGGCCUACUGCGGCUACUCGGCUGUGCGCAUGGCCCGCCUGCUGUCACCGGGCGCAAGGCUGCUCACCAUCGAGAUCAACCCCGACUACGCUGCCAUCACCCAGCGGAUGGUGGAUUUCGCAGGCGUGCAGGACAAGGUCACCGUUGUGGUCGGGGCAUCCCAGGACAUCAUCCCCCAGCUGAAGAAGAAGUAUGAUGUGGACACGCUGGACAUGGUCUUCCUUGACCACUGGAAGGACCGCUACCUGCCGGACACGCUCCUCCUGGAGGAAUGUGGCCUGCUGCGGAAGGGGACAGUGCUGCUGGCUGACAAUGUGAUCUGCCCAGGCGCGCCAGAAUUCCUGGCACACGUGCGUGGGAGCAGCCGCUUUGAAUGCACAAACUACCCAUCGUUCCUGGAAUACAGGCAGGUGGCGGACGCCCUGGAGAAGGCCAUCUACAAGGGCCCAGGCAGCGAAGCACAGCCCUGACUGCCCCCCAACCCCCACUCGGGCUCCCUCACCCAGCCUGGUUCUGAAGGUGCCACAGAUGCGCUCCUGCUGACCUGCUGUGGCUCCGAGCUGUGUCCUAAAUGCAAAGCGCACCUCAGCUGAGGCCUGCGCCCUGCCAUUCUGACCUCUCUGUACUGCAACACUGGACUGUUCUUUUACUGAGACAGAGUCUUGCUCUGUUGCCAGGCUGGAGUGCAGUGGCGCAAU